AUGUCUCUUCCAUUGCCUUUGCCUCCAUUGCUGCCCUCUUAUCGUCGCACCGAGCUUUACCUCAUGGGGAGCUCCAAAUUGCGAUCGGAACUUUCGCCGUUCGCCAUAUGCCGCACCUCGGGAUCGGUUUCACGGCUCCAGUCUUCAUGCACCAAUGGGGAAGGGUCCAUUGGUAUAUUCGUGUCUUCGCCGAGGCGUUUCCAAUCGGCAAGGACGUACAGCAAAGCCACCAAGGUACAUGUGGCUAAUACUGAAAUCCUGCGGCUGCGAUUCCGCCGAGGUACCCUGCAAGUUUUUGAACUGGUUGAGGGACGCGAACAUCCAAGCCGCGCAGGGGAGAAAGUAGAGACCGUUGGCGGUCUGGUCGUGGGCUUCUUGGAACGAUCGCGACCAACGCACCCAACACCACCCCCGCACAUAAAGGGUCGAGGCACCGGAAACCAGAAACAUCACCGAAAAGAACGACUUGUCCGCAGCGGGCGUGCGCAAAAAACCGUGCGCCCGGUUGAGAGCGGCUGGGGGUGCAACGGGCAUCUUGGCUUUACCCCAGCGAAACCCGACGCACUCCGGAACAAGGUAAAGUCAAGCGUCUUACAAGGCCUCCUAGGCCCCUUCUCGGCAGUCUAUAGCAAUGUCGUCGUCUUCUCAGGAGAGAGCAGGAACGGCACUAGCAGCGGUGCUUACGAGGAGUCCGUUUGGAUCGAUACGCGGCCCCCGCCCCCUCUCCUUGUUCUGAAAGCUUUCCAGCUUUCGCAUUCAUCGGAAGUGACAGGCGACUGA